AUCGUUUAUAAUUAUUACAAAAUGUGUCCUCUCGGUUGGCGGUAUUCACGUGUGAUAUGUGGCGAAGAAGCAACACUAACGUUUUAAAAUUUCCCGGAUUCAUGGCCAACAAUAAUACCCCUCAAACCGCAAUUGUUCGACAAAACCGAAUCAAGGUGAAAGGGAAAUCAAAAUUUCCUCCGGGUAUUGUGAAAUUUCAAAUACUAGGUAGUGGAGCCAAUGGCGCUCCCAGGUGUCUGUAUUUAUUUACAGACCAUUCCAGAUAUUUGUUCAAUUGUGGCGAAGGGACCCAGAGGUUAGCGCAUGAACAUAAAAUGAAAUUAUCCAAGUUGGAACAUGUGUUUAUCACCCAUUCGAGUUGGUUAAAUAUUGGUGGUUUACCGGGAUUGGCAUUAACUGUUCAAGAUGUUGGUGUACCAAACAUUGAGCUUCAUGGGCCAAAAGGACUAGAAGAAUUAUUUGUUGCCACUAAACGAUUUGUUGUGUUACGUGAUCUCAAAAUAACAGAAAGUAAAAGUGAUCCUUAUAAACCAUUUGAAGACAAUGCAAUAUUGAUAAAUUAUGUACCUCUGUUGUCGAAUAAACGUGAUAUUGAUCAUCGAUCGUUAUCUGAAAACUCAAUUCUUAGUAGUAAUGUACAAUCUUCACUAACGCUAGAUAAUUCAUCAGACGAUGAUACAAACUAUUAUGACUACGCAGAAAUGGAUAGUUCGUCUAAGAAAGAUAAAAAUAAACGUAAAAGAAGCACUUCUGAUUCAAGAGCAGAUGAAAAAAAGUUCAUUACUGAUUAUCCUAUAAAUAGAAUUAGUAAUAUGGCAAUGUCAUAUGUUUGUCGACUAAAACCCAAACCAGGAUUAUUGGAUUUAGAUGAAUGUGUUAAACACAAUGUUCCUCCGGGACCAUUACUUGGCCAAUUAAAAUCCGGUAAAGAUAUCACUUUACCCGAUGGUACAUUGGUUAAAUCUAGUGAUGUAACGUCUCCAGAAGAUCCUGGUCCAGUUUUUAUCGUGGUUGAAUGUCCAAGCGAAGACUACAUAGAUGCAUUAUAUAACGAGCCUAUUUUUUCAAAACAUCAAAAGAAUGUAUCGAAUAAAGAUGAUAUUGCAUUUAUGGUUGUGCAUUUUACUCCACAAGAAGUACGGAAUAACGCAAGAUAUCAAUCUUGGAUGCAAUUAUUUCAUUCAGAAACAUAUCACUUAUUGAUGAAUGAUGAAAAUAAAUGUUUAGGCAGUACAGCUAUUCAUCGAAUUCAAUAUAAGUUAAAUAUGUUAGACGAACAAAUAUUUCCUUUACUUAAAGACGAUGGAAUACCUGUCGUUGCCAGUAGUGAAAACGAACUUCAUAAUGAUGCUACUAACUCAACUUCUAAUGUAAUAAAUGGAAGAACAAAUUUAACAUUUAACCUAAGACCCAAAAAAGACAUUGACAUAUCAAGUACCCUCCGUUUAAAUAUAGAAGAAUUUAAAGCAGAAACAUUUUUAGUAGAAGGAUAUGAAGAAAUGUUAACGCAAGUCAAACAAAAUAUUUUAACUGCAAAAAUUACAGACUCCGAUUCUUACCCUUGGAUUACAUUCCUCGGUACUGGAUCAUGCAUACCGAGUAAAACGAGAAACACAAGCGGUAUAUUGAUGUAUACUGGUGUGAAUGAAUGUGUGUUGUUAGACUGCGGCGAAGGGACGUACGGCCAAUUAGUCAGACAUUUUGGCGUAUCUGGCUCCGAACAAGUUUUGAGCGAUCUUAGAGCCAUUUACGUUUCGCAUUUACACGCGGACCAUCAUAUAGGAUUAAUUGGACUUUUAACAGUGCGUCAGAAUAUGCGUAGAAACGGAACGAUUACACCUGACCGGUCAGUCUAUCUCCUGGCUCCUAUUCAAAUUAUGACUUGGUUAAAUUUUUACCACAGACGAUUUGCAGAACUUAACAAUGAAUUUCAAAUUGUUUCUAAUGCCGAUUUGGAUUUUGAAUCUUCAAAGGCUACAAAUGUAAUUGAUUUAUUCAAACAAACAAGUAUGAAAAACAUAGAAACUACAUUAGUAAAACACUGUCCUAACGCUUUUGGUGUAUCGUUCACUCAUGUAAACGGCUGGAAAGUAACGUAUUCAGGCGAUACUAUGCCUUGUGAAUCAUUAGUAAAAUUAGGGAAAAACAGUGAUCUUCUAAUUCACGAAUCCACCAUGGAGGAUCAGCUAUUAUCUGAAGCUAGACGUAAAAUGCAUUCGACCAUGUCUCAAGCUAUAAACAUUGGUAAAAAGAUGAACGCCAAAUUUACUCUUUUAACACAUUUCAGUCAACGGUAUGCGAAAAUUCCAUAUAUUGCGAACGAUGACUUUCCAGAAAAUGUUGGAAUAGCGUUUGACAACAUGGAGAUAAAACCGAGCGACAUGCAUAAGUUACCGUUAUUGUAUCCCGCGCUUAAGAUGAUAUUUGCAGAACAUUACGAAGAAAUGGAAGCAAAGUGCUUUAAGCUUAAAUUAAAAGAAGAAAAAGCUCGUGCUUUACUGUAACUUAAACUGUACUUUUAACUUAAAUAAAACUGUACCAUGUUGUAGCAUUUAAAAUGAUGUAAAUAAUUAUAUAUAGUGAUAAAUUCCACUAUUGUUUUAGAUUUAACUGCAAAUGUUGAAUAAUAUUUUGAUGGUGAUGUCAAUUAAAUGAA